GAGGCAAUAUAAAUACAAAUGCAAACGUUCAAAAUGUCUCUAAUAAUAAUGCUAAUAACAAUGCUCCAAAAAUUAGAAUCAAUGAUGAUGCAACAAAAAUACAUUAUGCAGUCAUAGGAUUUGAGAGAGCUGCCUUGUAUUGGUAUCUCAAUAGAGUAAUAGUAGCAGAAAAUAAUAUCCUUUUGCUAAUUGCGACAGAUUUGCAACAGCUCCUCAAACAUGCUAUCAGAACAGAAGUAGCUUAUCAGAUGCCAGCUAUUUUAAAAGAAGGUUGGGCACUGGCAAUUCGAUAUGACACCACAAUAUUCAGAACUGGUAAACCUUUUUUUAACAAACUACAACAAAAAUACACACACAAAUCUGAGAGAGAAAAUGGAGGAUCCACACUAAUGGAAUUGGAUUAUGCUAGAAAUUCCUCAAGUAAUCACAAGCAUAAAAAGAAUGGGCAGAAAGGAAAUUGUUUUAAAUGCAGGUUGCCAGGCCAUUAUACAAAAAAUUGUAAAUCUAAAAAUAAAUCAAAACUUACCAAUAUAGAAGAGGGAGCAGAACCAACACUACAUAAUAUUACAAAUAUUAAUAGCAGAGUUUCCUGCAAUUUCAUUAAUGAAAAUUUUGUAAUCUGCUAUAAAUUAACUUUAAAAACUGUUUCUUCUCUUAUAGUUGAAUUGGCAGACAGCCAGAAAGCUAGCACCAACAAAGCGAUUGAUAUUACAAAACUGGAACUAGACCCUUACCAUACCUCUACUAAAGUACUUAGUAAUGAAGAAAUUUUUACCAUACAUGUUAAUAAAGAAGAUAAUGAAAACACCAGCCACCUACCACCUGAAGUUCGAAAGAUUCUCCAAAACUUUAAAAAAAUUUUCUCUGAAACAUUACCAGACCACCUGCUCCCAGAACAAAAUAUUGAUCAUGCUAUUGAUCUUGUACCAGAGUCAGAACCCCCAUUUUGCCCCAUAUACCAAAUGUACUAUGAAGAAUUAGACAAAUUAAAGUGUCAUAAAUGGAAAGGUAUACUUAAAGGAAGGAUCAGAUUGGCAAUUCUAGCAAAUAAGGAGUUAAGAAUACAACUACUUUACAAAUAUCAUGAUGUUAAAAUGGCAAAAUAUUUGGUUUAG